AUGCAGUUCUUCACCAUCCCCGUCCUUGCCAUCUUCGCCGCCGGCGCCAUCGCCAUGCCUAACGGCUGGGUCGAGACUCGUGAUCUCGAAGCUCGUGUCGACUGCGGCCAGAUUCUCCCUGCCUGCAACGGCGGCAAGGUCGUUGGACAGACCAACUGCCGCUGCAGUGGCCAAAUCUCUGCCUGCGACCUCUGGACCUGCCCUGGUGGAGCCCCCAACGCCAUGGUCUGUGGUCAGGAGGGCAGCGGAUGUGUGUGGAUCUAA